AUGGCCUCCCGUGUCUUUGCUUCUCGUCUGGCUACCCAGAUGGCCACCAAGGCUGCUCGCCCUGCCAUCCGAGCCCCGGUUGCCGCUGCUUCCAAGCGCACCAUCACUGGCUCUGCCAGCCCCCUUCAGACCCUCAAGCGCCAGCAGGCCACCACCCUCCUCCAGGCCACCUCCCGAAGUGCUUUCCAGGUCCAGCGCCGUGCUUACUCCUCUGAGAUCGCCCAGGCCAUGGUUGAGGUAUCCAAGAACCUGGGUAUGGGCUCUGCCGCCAUUGGUCUGACUGGUGCCGGUAUUGGUAUCGGUCUCGUUUUCGCCGCUCUCCUGAACGGUGUUGCCCGUAACCCUGCCCUCCGUGGCCAGCUUUUCUCUUACGCCAUUUUGGGUUUUGCUUUCGUCGAAGCCAUUGGUCUUUUCGACCUCAUGGUUGCCCUCAUGGCCAAGUUCACUUAA